ACUGCACUUGAUUGCCCCCUUUCACCCCAGUCCUGAUUAAAGGUCUCGGCCUCAAACAUCCCUUCCGUGGAUGCCUCCUGAGCGACCGAGUUCCUGCAGCAUUUUGUGUCUGUUAUUCUGGAUUCAGGCUGAAUCUCUUUCAUUUGUUGUUGACCAGAAGAAACUACAAUCUACAUUUAGUGGAUUUGAUGAAUCAAGGACAGGGGAAGCAGACAAACCAGUUGUCUCUGUAUUGCCCCGUUUUGUGGACUCUGAACUGAUUCCUGCUCUGGGAUAAUCUAAUCAGAGCAACUGAAUGUGGACACAAGGAACUUCAGGUGAUGACCUGCUAAACCUGAGACCAUUCUGAGAUGAGUAACUACUUAUUAUGUAAAAUGCCAGACCUACCAAUGAAGAAAUCUGUAAUCUCAUUAGACUCUGUCUGGGUCACUCAUUUAACUGGUUUAGACCAGUCAGAGUUGAAAGACACAAAUGCACAAGGUUGACGUGGGCAGAACCUUGAAACAAUUUUGGUUGUAGCCCUGUAUAAGUAAGGUUACAGUAAGAAAAUGACCCAGGUAGGUCAGGUGACCUUGAGCCAGUGGGAUGGAAAUCCACCAGUCCAACUGACGAAGGAAACUGUAAGGGUCAGGAGCUCCAAACAUGCAGGGGCAAUAACUCUCCUCCAACCAUCGUGGGUAAGGAGGACCCCACGGACACAUGGAGAUCAGGACCACAAGGAACGGCCAGCAUAGACUCCUUUCCUGGGUAAUACCUUUUCUCCUCAUUGACUGCUCAUGGAGAGUCAGGAAUUCAAGUGGGGUGCACACAGGUAGUCAGUUUGUGAACCCAUGAGCUUUUUAGUUGAGACAAUAAGUUACUUGUUGGUAAAUACAAACUCUCUUUGCCUCACUGAUUAUUAUUACAGGGGGGUGAUCCUUGAAACGUUGUGUACCUGAUUGGUCCUGUAUUUCACCGUACAUGUGCACAUCACAAUAAACUCGACACAACUUGAUUUGACCCUUUUGUUUUUGAUGCCCCUAGCUCAUCAGAGAGAUCAGCUUGGGCGUGAUGGGUUGAAGACGGACCCUAUGGUACUCAAAACAACCGACUGAAACCCUAACCACUAAUUACUAUUCAUAAUUCUUUGCGAGGCUUUGUUUGGUUCUUGAAGGUAAGGGUUAAGAAAUGUGAAUGGUUUCUGUGGGACUGCCUUUAAUCCCAUUGGAAUGUGCCAUAAAUUCCUUUCCUAUUUCUCUUGGCUCAGCGACUUGUACAAGGCUUCAUGGAAAUAAACAAAUUUUACAGGGAGCAGGAGGUUAGUGUCUGUCUUGCUCCAUUAAGAACGAGCUGAGAAACAUUAGCUCAGUCCACCACAGAAACUAAGGAACAGAAGUUAAUAUUUGCUAGAAUUAUUAACUAGAGUGUUACCUGGAUUUUAGCACCUAAGUUACAGGGAAAGGUUGAACAAGUUAGGUCUUUAUUCUUUGGAGCAUAGAACGUUGAGGGGGGACUUGAUAGAGGUAUUUAAAAUUAUGAGGGGGAUAGAUAGAGUUGAUGUGGAUAGGUUUUUUCCUUUGAGAGUAGGGGAGAUCCAUACAAGAGGAUAUGAGUUAGGGGGCAAAAAUUUAAGGGUAACACGAGGGGGAAUUUCUUUACUCAGAGAGUGGUAGCUGUGCGGAACGAGCUUCCAGUAGAAGUGGUAGAGGCAGAUUCGGUAUUGUCAUUUAAAGUAAAAUUGGAUAGGUAUAUGGACAGGAAAGGAAUGGAGGGUUAUGGGCUGAGUGUGAGUCAGUGGGACUAGGUGAGAGAAAGCGUUCGGCAUGGACUAGAAGGGCCAAAAUGGCCUGUUUCCGUGCUGUAAUUGUUAUAUGGUUAAUAUUUAGCAAGUUAUUACCUGCUCUGAACUCUGCCCUGCAAUUUGUCCUUGGUUGGAACUACAAGACCUAUUAUGUAUUGCAUUGAACUGCUGCUGCUAAGUUAACAAAUUUCUCGUCACUUGCCGGUGAUAACAAAUCUGAUUCUGAUGCAGGACCUUGUCAAAGGCCCUACUAAAGUCGGUGUAGACAACAUCCACUGCCUUGCCUUCAUCCACUUUCCUGGAGUGAAAAAGUGUCUCUCAAAGGCAAACUGAAAGUGAAGGUGACGUAUGAAGGCCAAACACAGCAAUCAGAGUUUUAUGUAUUGAAAAGUGACGGCCAGCAUUUUUCAGAAGUGAAUGGUUGAGAAAAUUCCAAGUAGACUGGCACUCAGUCAAAGCUCUAGUGUGACAUCAAUAAGCAACGGUAGUCACAGUGGCAGUGCUAACCAGAGUGUCACAGCUGCUCAAUGCAAAUGAGAAGGUGUUUGAGAAGGGGACUGGCAAACUCAAAGGCAUGAAGGCCAGAGUUAGACCAGAUGAGACAGCAACCCCAAGGUUUCAUAAAGUGCAUCCAGUGCCUUACACACUAUGUCAUAAAGUGGAUACUGAACUGCAGAGCUUGGAGGCAUCUGGAAUUCUCUCCAAGACUGAGUGAAGCGAUUGGGCCAUGCCCUUUGUCCCUGUGAUCAGCAAAGGGAAGUCCGGAGCUGUUCACAUAUGUGGGGAUUUCAAGGUGAGUAUCAGCCCGGUUCAGCACACUGUGUAGCAUCCCCUGCUACGAAUAGAAGACAUUUUUGCAUCCUUGGUAGUUGGGGAGAGGUCCUCAAUGAUUGACUUGUCACAAGCUAUCUGCAAAUGGAGACUGAGGAGUCAAGCAGGAGUCAAGCUGACAAUCAACACUCACUCAGGACUGUUCCAGCAUAAUUGUCUCACCUUUGGUGUUGCAUCAGCUCCAGCAAUUUGGCAAAGAGCAAUGGACCAAGAGCUCCAAGAUAUCCCAGGAACACAAUGUUACCUUGAUGACAUCAUCGUGACUGGCAAGAAUGAUGAAGAGCACCUCCAGAACCUUGGUAAAGUGUUUACCAGGCUGAGUCAGUCUGGUCUCCACACAAAGAAAGAGGAAUAUGAGUGUUUCAAGAAUGAAAUCUCAUACUGUGGAUAUGUCAUCGACAAGCAUUGUUCAUAUAAGUCACAAGAGAAGAUUGAAGCAAUGCUUCAGGCACCCAAACCGGAAAAUGUGUCACAACUCGGGUCAUACUUGGGCCUUGUAAACUAGUACCACUGGUUCUCCUAAACAUUGCUUCAGUGCUGCAUCCAUUGAAUGCUCUGUUACAGACAGGAGCAAAGUGGGAAUGGUCAGAAAGAUGUGAAAAAGCAUACAAGGAAACAAAAAGACUAAUAACAUCCAAUGAACUGCUCGCCCUUUAUAACCCAGCCCUGCCCAUCAGACUGGCAUGCGACAUGUCCCUUUGUGACAUCGGAGCCAUUUUGUCACACAGAUGGAUCUGCUUCAAGGUCACUAACGAGCGCAGAACACAACUACACGCAGAUUGACCAAGACACCCCUAGUCUAGUAUGGGGAUUAAGGAAGUUCCACCAUCACCUCCACAGACAAAAGUUUACACUAGUGACAGAUCACCAGGCUCUUGUGCCUAUUUUCGAUUCCAGGAAGGGAUUCCAGUGAUGACUGCUACUAGUUACAAUGUUGGGCACUGUUCCUUGGAGCCCACUCUUAUGACACAGAGUUCAAGAGUACCACACAACACAGCAACACUGAUGGCUUGUCACGUCUUCCACUACUGGCAACUGAAGAAGAGAAGUCUUCAUACUGUGACCCAGCAGAAGUGUUCCACACUGCAUUGGUGGACCAGUUGCCGGUAACAAAUUCUGAAAUGCAAAGGGAAACAAGGAAUGACCCAAAAUUGUCAAAAGUUUAUGAAACCUCCAUGCAAGAAUGGUAACCCUGUUUCCGGGGUUCUCAGCGAGAUGAGACCAACUGUCAGUAUGUCAAAGAACGCUGAUGUAUGGAUCUCAUGUUCUUCCCUCUAAACUGCACAUCAGAGUGUUGGAAAAUCUGCAUGAAGGAAAUCUGGGGCAGUCAAGGUGAAGAGUCUCACUGUUAUCUAUCAGAACAGAUGAACAGAUUGCAGAUUUGGCCAUUAUCUAUUGGAAUAGAUAACAGAUUGCAGCCUUGGCUAAAAGCUGUUCGGGAUGCGAAAAAGUCCAAAUACACUCUCACAGACACCGUUACACCCGUGGGAGCGGCCGUCAUCACCAUGGCAAACAGUACGUUUUGACUUUGCUGGGCUGUUCAUGGGCUCCAGGUUUCUGAUUGCUGUUGAUGCUUAUUCAAAGUGGCCGGAGGUUAUACCAAUGAAGUCAACCACCCCAGCAAAGACUGUCUUCACUUUGAGGACUAUCCUCGCCAGAAAUGGUUUACCAGAACAAAUUAUGAAUGACAAGGGACCACAAUACACUUCAGAAGAAUUCAGAUUCUUUAUGAAGAAAAAUGUCAUCAGACAUUUCAAGUCAGCUCCUCACCAUCCAGCAAUGAAUGGGUUAGCUAAAAGGUUUAUCCAAACCUUCAAGAAGUCCAUUAAAGUGAUGGACAAAGAGGACAUUUCUCUACAGCACAAGGUGGACAACGUUCUUUUCGUGUACCGGAACUCUGUUCACGUGAUGACAAAUCAAACACCUGCAGUGCUGUUCAUGAACAGGAAUCUGAGAUCUCGCAUAGACCUCCUGAAACCAGAUCUACAGAGGGAAGUGCAGAAUGAACAGUUCAACCAGUUGCCAAGUAAAGCAGCAGGUUGGACAGGAAAUCCUAUCGUGUGAUUACCGAGAAGACAAGUGGACACCCGGUAGGAUGGCUACAAGAACUGGACCACUGAUGCACACAGCAGAUGUCGGAGAUCAGACACGGAGACGUCAUGUGGACCAGAUACUGGAAGCUCAACUGAAGAACACAUAGUCAUUUGCAUCCGACAAGAUGGACAUGUUACAGUCACUGGACCUACCUCUCAGUGAUGAUCAUGUCAGUGACAGCAAUGUGACAUUGGAACCCGAGAACGUUGCCUUAGACAAGACACUUACCAAACCUGAUGCCACUCCACAGGUCCAGGGGGGCUGUCCUGAAAGAAAGAGCACGCUACCCAAAAGACUGAAUCUUUAGAACCGUGAAAUUAGUUAUGGAUUGUUAUUGUGAAAGCAUGUUUAUUUGGAACAUGGGAUAAUGAACGGUAGAUUGAAUGAUUUGUACCUGUGCAGUUUCAUGUUGCAUUAAUCCAAAGGGGGAGGAUCUAUUUCUUUUAGACCAAUGGUUCCCCUUAGCACUACGUAUUGACCUGAUGUCGGCGCACGCUCUGUUUUCUACACGCGUGCUUUGUUUUCUCUGUCUUGCUGCAAUGUGAAUACACCAGUUAAAGCCAUCUCCAAAUGCAUGCUUUUACUUAAUUUUAAUUAUGCAGUGUGCAGGCACACUACACAUGACCUUUGGCUGUUCACCCUUCCACUUAAGAAUGCUGUAAACUCAAUGUGACAUGUCCCUGACCCUGGCACCCAGGAGACAGCAAACUAUCCAGGAAUCUUGUUCUCAUCUACAGAACCUCCUUUUUGUUCCCUAACCAAAGAAUCUCCUAUCACAACAGCUCACAUCCUCUCCCUCCUUCCAUUCUGAGUCACAGAGCAAGACUCAGUGCCAGGGACCCAACCACUGCAACUUUCCUUUGCUAGGUCAUCAGCCCAACAGAGUUCAAAGUGAUAUACCUGUUGUUGAGGGGGAUGGCCACAGGGGUACUCUGAAGUGGCAGCCUUGUCCCCUCCUGACAGUCACCUGUGAUCUACAACCUGAGUUUUAACACCUCGCUGUAUGUCCUGUCUAUCAAGCCUCAGCCUCUCCAAUGAUCUGGAAUUUAUCCUGUUCCAGCUUACACUCUUUAAAAUGGUCUGUUAGAGGCUGCUGACGGAUGUCCUUCUUGCAGUUACAAUCAUCGGGGACACAGGAGAUCUCCCUGCCUUCACACAUCCCACAAGAGGUGCAAUCCACUAUCCUGUCUGGCAAUCUAGGAGGUUAUGUUACAGUUGCUCAAGACACUGAUGGAUUAUAGUGUUCAGUUCUGGUUGCUCUGCUAUAGUCUUAGAGCAAUAUUCAUCUUUACUCAUCCAUGCCAACCAAGGUGCCCGUGUAGGCCACUCCCACUUUCCCACAUUUGCCCCAUAUCCCUCUAAACCCUUCCCAUGCAUCUACCUGCGCAAAUGCCUUUUAAACGUUGCCAAUAUACCUGCCUCAACUAUACAUGACUACCCUCUGUGUGAAGGAGUUCCCCCUAGAUACCAGAUUAACCUUUCCAGUCUUAUCUUUAAUUUAACUUAUUUAUUGAAAUACAGCCCUGUCUUGAACCUAUGCUCUCUAAAUAUAUUUCACCGGGGAAAAUUUUGUGUACAUUGACCCUAUCUGCACCACUCAAGAUUUUAAACACUUCUAAAGACCACCGUUCAAUUCCCUAUGCUCCCAUAAAUAAAAACCUAGCAUGCCCAAUCUCUCCCUAUAAUCAGGCCCUCAAGUCCCAGCAACAUCCUUGUAAAUCUGCUUUGCACACUUUUCAAUAUAGGGAUGUCUUUCCUAAAGCUGUGGAACCAAAGGACCAUGGACCAUAAGACAAAGGAGAAGAAUUAGGCCAUUUGGCUCCUUGAGUCUGCUCCACCAUUCUAUUAUGGCUGAUCGCUUUUUUCUCCCCCUCCUCUCCACACCCCACUCCCCAGCUAUCUCCCCAUAACCUUUGAUGCCAUGGCCAAUCAAGAGCCUAUCAAUUUCUGCCUUAAAUACACCCAAUGACUUGGCCUCCACAGCUGCCUGUGGUAACAGAUUCCACAAAUUCACCACCCUCUUGCCAAAGAAAUUUCUCCAUGUCUCUGUUUUAGUUGAACAUCCCGCUAACCUGAGGCUGUGCCCUCUUAUCCUAGACUUCCCCGCCAUGGGAAACAUCUAUGCUGUCUAGGCCUUUCAACAUUUUGAAAGGUUCCAAUGAGAUCCCCCCUCAUCCUUCUGAAUUCCAGCAAGUAGAGACCCAGAGCCAUCAAACGUUCCUCGUAUGAUAACCCUUUCAUUCCCAGAACCAUCCUUGUGAACCUCCUCUGAACCCUCUCCAAUGUCAGCACACCUUUACUUAGAUUAGGAACCCAAAACUGUUCACAAUACUCAAGGUGAGGUCUCACCAGUGCCUUUUAUAAGGUCUCAGCAUCACAGCUCUGCUCCUAUUUUAGAAAUGAAAUUAAUGUUAACAUUGAAUUUGCCUUCCUCACCUCUGACUCACCUUUGGGUGUUCUGCAUAAGGACUCCCAAGUCCCUUUGCAGCACAUAUUUUUGGAUUUUCUCCCAGUUUAGAAAAUAGUCUGCACAUUUAGUUCUUCUACCAAAGUGCACGAUCAACAUUGCAUUUCAUUUGCCACUUUCUUGCCCAUUCUCCUAAUCCGCCUGUUUCCUCAACACUACCUGCCCCUCCGCCAAUCUUCAUAUUAUCUGCAAACUUGGCAAUAAAGCUAUCGAUUUCAUCAUCUAAAUCAUUUAUAAUCAGCAUAAAAAGAAGCAGGUCCAAUACUGACUCCUGUGGGACACCACGAGUCACUGGCAGCCAACCAGAAAAGGAUCCUUUUAUUCUCAUUCACUGCUUCCUACUAAACAGCCAAUGCUCUAACCAUAAGAACAUAAGAAAUAGGAGCAGGAGUAGGCCAUCCGGCCCAUCGAGCCUGCCCCACCAUUCAAUAAGAUCAUGUCCAUAAACCCAGCUCCAUCUACCUGCCUUUUCCCCAUAACCCUUAAUUCCCUUACUAUGUGAAAACCUAUCUAACUGUAUCUUAAAUAUAUUUAGUGAAGAAGCCUCAACUGCUUCCCUGGGCAGAGAAUUCCACAGAUUCACCACUCUCUGGGAAAAACAGUUUCUCCUCAUCUCCGUCCUAAAUCUUCUCCCCGAAUCUUGAGGCAAUGUCCCCUAGUUCUAGUCUCACCUACCGAUGGAAACAACUUUCCUACUUCUAUCUAUCUAUCCCUUUCAAAAUUUUGUAUGUUUCUAUAAGAUCCCCUCUCAUUCUUCUGAACUCCAGAGAGUAUAGUCCCAGGCAACUCAAUCUCUCCUCAUAGGUUAACCCCUUCAUCCUUGGUAUCAACCUGGUGAACCUCCUCUGCACUGCCUCCAAAGUCAGUAUAUCCUUCCUCAAGUAUGGAGACCAGAACUGCACACAAUACUCCAGGUGUGGCCUCACCAGUACCCUGUAUAGUUGCAGCAUGACCUCCCCACUCUUGAAUUCAAUCCCUCUAGCAAUGAAGGCCAACAUUCCGUUUGCCUUCUAUUAUUCCUUCCAAAGUGGAUGAUCUCGCAUUUACUAAUGUUCUAUUCCAUCUGCCAGAUCUUGGCCCACCGUGCCAGUAACAUUCCUGUAAUACCGUGGGCUCUUAACUUGGUAAGCAGCCUCACGUGUGGCACCUUCACACGUCAAAUGCCUUCUGAAGAUCCAAAUAUAAAACAUCCACUGCAUCCCCUUUAUCUAUCCCACUUGUAAUCUCCUCAAAGAAUUCCAACAGGUUCGUCGGGCAAGAUUUUGGAAGAAGCUUAUUUUGGAUUCCAGACCUAACCAGUUCCCCUCUACCACCACCCUCCUCCAUCUAGCAGAAUUAGUUCUUACUCUUAAUAAUUUCUCCUUUGGUUCCUCCCAAUUCCUCCGAAUCAAAGGUGUAGUCAUGGGCUCCCAUGCCUAUACUGGUAUCUGUCCCCCACUUUUCCUUCGCUACAUCGACAAAUGCAUUGGCAUUGCUUCCUGCAUGCAUGCUGACUUCGUUGACUUCAUUAACUUUGCCUCCAACUUUCACCCUGCUCUCAAACUUACCUGUUCCAUUUCUGACACCUCCAUCCCCUUUCUUGAUCUUUCUGUCUCCAUCUCUGGAGACGGCUUAUUUACUGAUAUCUACUAUAAGCCUACGGACUCUCACAGCUACCUGGACUAUUUCCUCUUCCCACCCUGUCUUUUGCAAAAAUGCUAUCCCCUUCUCACAAUUCCUCCGUCUCCGCCGCAUCUGCUCUCAGAUGACGCUUUUCAUUCCAGGACGAAGGAGAUGUCUUCCUUUUUUAAAGAAAGGGGCUUCCCUUCCUACACCAAUAACUCUGCUCUCAAACACAUCUCUCCCAUUUCACGCACAUCCACUCUCACCCCAUCCUCCCACCACCCCACUUGGGAUAGGGUUCCCCUUGUCCUUACCUACCACCCCACCAGCCUCCAGGUCCAACGUAUAAUUCUCCGUAACUUCCGCCACCUUCAACGGGAUUCCACUACCAAGCACAUCUUUCCCUCCCCCCCUUCUGCUUUCCACAGGGAUCGCUCCCUACGUGACUCCCUUGUCCACUCAUCCCCCCCCCCCCCAUCCCUUCCCACCGAUCUCCCUCCUGGCACUUAUCCUUGUAAGCGGAACAAAUGCUACACCUGCCGUUACACUUCCUCCCUCACCACCAUUCAGGGCCCCAGACAGUCCUUCCAGGUGAGGCGACACUUCACCUGUGAGUCGGCUGGUGCGGUAUACUGCGUCCGGUGCUCCCGGUGUGGCCUUUUAUAUAUUGGUGAGACCCAACGCAGACUGGGAGACCGUUUCGCUGAACACCUACGCUCGGUCUGCCAGAGAAAGCAGGAUCUCCCAGUGGCCACACAUUUUAAUUCCACAUCCCAUUCCCAUUCUGAUAUGUCUAUCCAUGGCCUCCUCUACUGUCAAAAUGAAUCCAAACUCAGGUUGGAGGAACAACACCUUAUAUACUGGCUGGGUAGCCUCCAACCUGAUGGCAUGAACGUUGACUUCUCUAACUUCCGUUAAUGCCCCUCCUCCCCUUCUUACCCCAUCCCUGACAUAUUUAGUUGUUUGCCUGUUCUCCAUCUCCCUCUGGUGCUCCCCCCCCCCUUUCAUUCUCCCGAGGCCUCCCGUCCCAUGAUCCUUCCCCUUCUCCAGCUCUGUAUCACUUAUUUCGCAUUUCCCCCUCCCCCCACUACUUUCAAAUCUCUUACUAUCUUUCCUUUCAGUUAGUCCUGAUGAAGGGUCUCGGCCCGAAACGUCGACAGUGCUUCUUAUAGAUGCUGCCUGGCCUGCUGUGUUCCACCAGCAUUUUGUGUGUGUUCCUCUCUGAUUUAAAUUGUCAAAAAUGAUGCAUUUCACUGUGUUUUGAUGUACAUGCAAUAAAUAAAGCUAAUAUUUAAUCUUUAAAAUCCUUUGGCUUUAUGGUCUAACAAAGGUAUUUGAGAAGAUGGGGGAGGCAUUAAUGAAACAAAAGGAGCUUCUCUGAUGCAGUGAGUCUGAAUGACCAAAUGCGGUAGUGAGGCAAGGGUUAAAAUCAGAGAGGGUACUUUGUCUGUGAAAUGCAUUAUUCAGGGCAAGACUGUGGAACAAGAAAUAAUUUUGAAAAAGGAUAAAACUGAGCCAAAAUAACUGCAAGAAGAAGCUGCCGGUUGCAACACGAACAGCCGGAAAGAGUGAGUCAUCUGGACUUGCCGGAUUCAUUAUUGAGUCCACAACGUACCCAGACGGAUGAUGAGAUGCUGGAAAUUCUCAGCAGGUCAGGCAGCAUCCGAGGGACGGAAGGAAUUUUUGACAUUUCGAAUCCUGAUGUAGGAUUUCGGCCCAAAACAUUGACUAUUCUCCCCACCCCACCGCCACAGGAGUUACUCGUCCUACUAAAUCCUUCCCCUUAAUUCUUCUUUGUGUACUUUCCAGCUUCAUCACUUAUCCAUCCAGAGGCCCCUAACAGUACUUCACGUGAAGCGACUCUUCACCUACACGUUUGUCAAGGCCUCUGUCAGGUUGGAGGAGCAACACCUCAUAUUCUGUCUGGGUAGCCUCCAACCUGAUAACAUGAACAUCUGUUUUUUUUAUAAUUUCUCCUCCCUCCCUUCUCUCUUCUGCCAUUCCACAUUCUGGUUCCCCUCUCACCCCUUCCUUUCUCCUUACCUGCCUAUCAUCUCCCUCUGGUUCUUCUCCUCCUCCUUUUUCUUUCACCACCCACGCUCCUCUCCUAUCAGAUUCCUCCAUCGUUGGCCCUUUAUCUCUUUCAUCUAUUACCUUCCACCCCCAUCCACCCACCUUCCCAUUCACCCGGUUUCACCUAUCACCUACCAGCUUGUACUCCCCCUCUCCACCAACCUUCUUAUUCUGGCUUUCUCCCCCUUUCUUUCUAGUCCCGAUGAAGGGUCUCGGCCCAAAACGUCGACUGAUUUAUCCCUCCAUAGAUGCUGCCCAACCUGCAGAGUUCCUCCAGCACUGUGAUUUCCAGCAGCUGCAGAAUCCCUUGUGUGUGCCGCUUGAUCUUUUAGGAAUCUCCUUUCUCUUAUCUGCCAUGCCAGGUUCUGUAGGCUUAUUACAAGUCAAAGGGUGCCGAGGGAGAGAGCACGUCCCUUUAAGGAUCAAUGGUAACGUGGAAAAAUAUAUAGAUGAGUGAGGUCUGAAAUUAAUACUCCUUGUCUGUGUUUGCCAUGGAUAAGGACUUUGAAGCUAAAGGGUUCAGGGGAGGAGACAGUGCAAUUAUGGAGCCUAUCGCCAUGAGGAAGGAAGAGGUAUUGGAGGCCCCAGAAUGAAGUAAGGUGGAUAAGCCAAGUGUAUCCUGGGACAUAAACACAAGAGAUUUUGCAGAUGCAGGAAAUGAAGGGUCUCAACCUAAAAUGCUGACAGUUUAUUCCCUUUCACAGAUGUUGCCUGACCUGCUGAGCUCCUCCAGCACCUGCAGACUCUCUUGUGCUCCUGAACCUUUGCUGUUAGGCUGGGCACAGCUACAUUCUGGGGGACUGGGUCUUCCGGAGGUUUCAUAUAUAAAGAGCGCACCGUGGGAUUGUCAGUAACUUUCCCCCACCCUCCACACCCCACGUUCCACCA